GAGAUGGCUUCAAGGAGGAUUGUCCUGCUGGGAAAAACUGGAGUUGGAAAAAGCAGCCUGGCAAACACCAUAUUUGAAGAAGAGGUGUUCAAGAUAAACCAUUCACCCGUUACUGAAGAAUAUCAGUCCAGCACAGCAACCAACUGUAUCAAUGGAAAAAACAUCACUCUGAUUGACACACAAGGUUUUUUUGACACACGUGAGUCCGAGGAGUCACUCAAGGCCGAUAUACUGAGGUGUAUCACUGAAUGUGCCCCUGGACCUCACGCCUUCUUCAUCGUGCUUAAAGUGGAGAAAUUCACCAAGCAGGAGGAAGCUGUGAUCAACAAAAUGCGGCAGUAUUUUUCUGAAGAUGCUCUGAGAUAUUCUGCAGUUGUCUUCACUCAUGGAGACCAGCUGCCGGAGGGAAAGACAAUUAAGGAGUUUGUCGGUGGGAACAAAGCCCUGAGUGAGCUGGUGAAGGAGUGUGGAGGCCGAUGCCACGUGGCCGACUGCAAAUACUGGAAAGAUAACAAAGAGGACAACUACAGGAACAAUCGUUUUCAAGUGACAGAGCUACUCAGGACAACAGACAAGAUAACUGAGGCAAACAACGGCCAGUGCUACACCAAUGAGGUGCUGAAAGAAGUGAAAAGCGAAAUGCGAAAAGAGGAAGAGCAGAUUGGACAGUCAUCAGGAGGCAUGUCACAGGAAGAGAUUAGAACUAAGGCUAAGAGGAGUGUAUUUGAAUCGUUGAAGAUCAGACUGACAGGUGUUGCAGCAGGCGCACUGUUAGGAGCCUUGCUGGGUGUAGUAGAGAAAGUUACAUCCCCUCUUAGAAAUGUACAGGGGCUUUCAGAUAUUGCUGUAACUGGAGCAGUACAGGGAGCUAUUGUGGGAUACAAUGCAUCUGAUGGAGCAACAUCUCCAAGUGACGCCAUCAAUAAAACCAUUAAGGCUUACUUUACCCAGAGACCAGGGGGUGCAGAAGAGCCAAAAAAAAGCAAAAGAGGAUACGAACAGAGCAGCUAACUGAUAAUUCUGCAUUUGAUGUAAAUUACCCAUUCAGAUAUUUACUGAUAAAGUAUCAAAAACACUCUUUCUGCAGAAGGACCUGAGUCAGAACAAUGUAUAUUUUAGUACUGGAUCAUACUUACUGGUGCAUGAAUGUAGGAAGCAUCACUGAUUAAUACUUCAUAAACACAGCUAUGUGCUUAAUGCUUGUUAGUUUGAAUAAGAACAGUAAUAUUCAUCUGAACUGUGGCCAGAGCUGCUACUUCUUAAUAAUCUCUGUCAACUGUGAUAUUCACUGUACAUUCAAAAGUAUAUAGUUGAUGGCUUGGUGUUAGUUUUUCAGUUAAUCUGGGCUAAUCCCAAUGGAAAUAUUACAUGAAUGUUAAAGACAUUCAGGGGUCUUGCAUUAGUUUAUGAGUGACUCAGUUAAACAGUUGUGUUGUGUGCAGAUGCUUUUUCUGUUACAGUGUCACCGACCAUGAAGACUUAAUAAAGACUGUGAUGAAAA